GUGUAAAUUAACAAGUUUAAUUGAAAAAUUUGUAAAAGUUAUAUUCCCUAAAAAUGAGCGAAUCUUUGUAAAAGUACUAUUAACAUCUCCGGCGGAAGAUAUGAGAUGAGAUACGUCCUUUGUCAAUUUCAUGGAUUCCCGCUAUUAAUUGGGGGUGGGGUUAUCCUUGUGUAGUGCCUAUUAUGAAAAGAUAAAAUUUGAUCUCAAUCGAAAACCCAGUGAAUCAUCAUAUAAUCAUACAUCACCUCCUUCAAUAAGAACAUCUCUUUCAUUGUCUUCUCAAAUGCAAUGCUGCAGACUUUUGCAAAACUCAUUCUAAACACACUCUCAAAACCAAAACCACUUCUCCACCACCACAAAACCCUAACCACAGCCACAACCUCCAAAGAUGAGUACUUCGCCGCAAUCCAACACGUUGCCAACAUCGUCCGUCGUGACUUCUACUUGGAACGAACCCUCAACAAACUCCGCAUCACAAUCACACCAGAACUCGUCUUCCGCGUCCUCCGCGCCUGUUCCUCUUCCCCCACCGAAUCCCUCCGUUUCUUCAAUUGGGCCCGUUCCCACCACCACCACCCUCCCUACACCCCAACCUCCGUCGAAUUCGAACAAAUCGUCACCAUCCUCGCCAACGCAAACAACUACCAAACAAUGUGGUCCAUCAUCCAUCAAAUGACUCACAACCAUAACCUCUCCCUCUCCCCCUCCGCUGUCUCCUCCUUAAUCGAAUCCUACGGCCGCCAUCGCCACAUUGACCAAUCUGUUCAGCUUUUCAACAAAUGCAAAGUCUUCAACUGCCCUCAAAAUCUCAACCUCUACAAUUCCCUCCUUUUCGCCCUCUGCGAAUCCAAACUCUUCCAUGCCGCUUAUGCCCUAAUCCGCCGCAUGAUCCGCAAAGGAAUCAACCCUGAUAAACGAACCUACGCGCUUCUCGUCAACGCGUGGUGUUCCACCGGUAAAAUGCGUGAGGCUCAACAGUUUCUCAAAGAAAUGAGUGAUAAAGGUUUCACACCUCCCGUUAGAGGCCGCGAUCUCCUCAUCGAAGGACUUUUAAACGCUGGUUACAUUGAAUCUGCGAAAGGAAUGGUGAGGAAGAUGGUGAAGGAAGGAAUUAUUCCCGACGUGGGAACAUUCAAUGCAUUAAUGGAAUCAAUUUGUAAGUGUGGGGAUGAUGAAAUUAAGUUUUGUAUUGAUCUUUAUCAUGAGCUUUGUUCAUUAGGGAUGGUUCCUGAUGUUAAUACUUACAAGAUUUUGGUACCUGCCGUUUCGAAAAUUGGGUUGAUGGAUGAAGCUUUUAAGUUGUUGAAUAAUUUUACUGAGGAAGGUAAUCGACCAUUUCCUAGUUUGUAUGCACCUGUUAUGAAAGGUUUGUUUAAAAGAGGUCAAUUUGAUGAUGCUUUUUGCUUUUUUGCUGAUAUGAAAGUAAAGGGUCAUCCACCUAAUCGUCCUCUUUACACUAUGCUUAUUACUAUGUGUGGUCGUGGUGGAAGGUUUGUUGAUGCUGCCAAUUAUCUUUUUGAAAUGACUGAGAUUGGUUUUGUGCCUAUAUCCCGUUGUUUUGAUAUGGUUACUGAUGGGUUGAAGAAUUGUGGUAAACAUGAUUUGGCUAAGAGAGUGCAACAACUUGAAGUUUCUAUUCGUGGAGUUUGAGGUUUAAUAUAUAUAUACACAAUCGCAUUUUUGAACAGUGGAAGCCUACACUGUUGUUGAGCAUAGCAGAUUAACUUGAUUGAAUAGCUUUUGAAAUAUAUACAUACAUACAUGAUACAUCCAUGAAAAGAGAAAGCCAUUCUUUCUCUCGGAUGCUGAAUCAUUUGUUUUCUGAAUAUGUUUUUCCUAUGGCAUCUGAAGUGAAGUUUGUGCGUUUCUUCAUGUUAGUAUUUAAUCAUUUGUGUAAGAGAAAAGUGACGAGGAGGAUGAAAGCUGAAAGCUUUUCUCUUUGGCAGAAGUUCUUUGUUUUCCCAUAGAUUAAAUCCACAGAUAUUUAUAGAGGUUGCUUCUUUGUCCUUUGUUUCUAGUUUGUAUACUCUGAUGGAAAACCUUUAUGUAUGGCUUUGGAAAUUCACAGCAUUGGGAAGGUGCCCUUGGAAAUUCUCAAGAGCAGGGGUCCUUUUAGGAGGUUAUCUCAAUUGUGAGAAGGAUACAUUCACCGCCGAAGCUUGGAGGUCUCAUCUCUUGAAGGAUAUCAGACAAUGCUUUCAGGUUGAAGGAUAUCAGAUAUCAGACAAUGCUUUCAGGUUGAAGGAUAUGAGAGCCUUUCAACUCAUUUUCAAAUGAUCACAUCAUUGAUUGAUCUAUAACUAGUGGGGUACCUGACUCUCACACGGGCAUUGUUGGUUUUCAAUGCAUAUGUUAUACCACCUAAUCUGAUUUAUUUAAAUCAGAAAUUUUGUUGGCCACUAUUACGCACUGGGCAUGUUGAUGUGCUGUGCAAGAUGGCUAGGGUUUCGAAUAUCGCCGCAGAAAGGUUCCAACCUCCCGAACAAGACACUGAUCUGUCCUUGUCGUCUGAUUUGCCUUUGAGCUUGCCUGGUGUGAUGCUGGCCCCGAGGUUGCUGAGCUGCAAAUUAGCAGACUCUGCAUGGAGGCUGAGGAAUUCAUUGUUAUGGGAAAGUGGUUGGAGCUGGCAUAAUUGAUGAUUACUUCUGCCGAAUCGAUCUUCUUCAAGGUUUCUGAAAAAGAAUCCAUCUUUACUAUUAUCUGCAAUCUUGUUACAAAGACUGAGAAUCCAAAUGAAGUGAUGGAGAUUAUAAAAGUUAUAACUGAAUGAAGGUGUGGCAUUAUGCAUGAAGAAUGCAUUGUAAAAAUGAGGCUGAUGUCAUUGGUUCGUCUUAGCUCUGAUGGAUCUGGCAAGAUUCUGAAUAUGAACUUAAAAGGGACACACUUCAAAACAAUGAUGAUGAAGCUGAACAAUCGGUGGUUAAAGCAAUAACUGUGAAGUUAGUUGAAUUUAAGAUGACUUUAAGAACAAUAUGUUGAUUUCAUGAAAAGAGGUUUCAUUACAUAUUUAGUAAAAUUACUACACUACAGUAAUACACUAUCACAGAUAAAUAUUGUUUACAACAAGUGGUAGAAUUAGUUCGUUGAAAUUUGCUGAAGCCUUAUAUAGUUGUUGAACAUGCUUUUCAAAAGAAUCAACAUCUAGCAGUUUAAAGUGAGGAGCUAUAUAUUAGGAUUUGAAUCAUUUAAACCCAUAAUUUGUUGAUGUAGUAGCAAUAUCUACUAUUUUAUAGUUUAGUUAUAUAGUUUGGUGAUGAAGUAGAUGAGAAAAUGAUAGUUUAGAGAUGAAGUAUUUGUUUUUACCCUUCGUUUUAACUCAAUGAUUCGCUGUGAUAUAAUAUGUAUCUUUAGUC